AUGGCGGCCCAUCUUGACGAGGUAUCAACCGAGGAGCUCGUCAAAGAGAUUCAAAGGCGCAUUGAUUGCGGAACAAAACCAGAAAAACACGUCAUUUUGAUUGGACCCCCAGGAUGUGGAAAGGGAACACAGUCACCAAAGAUCAAGAAGGAGCACUGUCUGUGUCACCUUGCCACUGGUGACAUGCUCAGGGCUGCCGUGGCAGCCAAGACACCUCUCGGACUCGAGGCAAAGAAGGCAAUGGAUGCUGGGGCGCUGGUGUCCGAUGACAUUGUGGUGGGCCUGAUUGGCGAGGCUGUGCAAAGGCCCGAGUGCCGCGUGGGAUUCAUUCUGGAUGGAUUCCCACGCACGGUCGUUCAGGCGCAGAAGCUGGAUGGCUUGCUGGAGAAGCGAGGCAUUGCCAUUGACAGGGUGCUCAACUUUGUGGUGCCGGAUUCUGUGCUGGUGGAGCGGGUGACUGGCCGAUUGAUACACCCAGCGAGCGGACGCUCUUACCAUGAAAAGUUUGCGCCGCCCAAGACCCCAGGCAAGGAUGAUUUUACUGGCGAGCCGCUCAUCAGGAGGAAGGAUGACAAUGCUGAGACCCUGAAGGCCCGCCUGGCUGCAUUCCACUCCCAAACAUCUCCGGUGAUUGACUACUACAAGACUAAGACGGUGGAGCUGAAGGCUGAUGCACCCCAGGAGGCUGUUGCAGAGCAGAUCAAGAAGGCAUUGUAA